ACCUGAAAAGCGAAAGCUUGAGCGUUUCGACACUUGCGAGAUGCCGUAGUUCGGAAUCCGGAAGCACAGCUGCUGUCAUCCAAACAAACAAUAAUGGGUUGAUUUUGGAGAAUGUCCUCCAGAGGCGUAGUCCUCCAUUUGCAAACCGUCUGUACAAGUCUAGUGAAAGUGACUUGAGUAAACUGACUGACUUCACCUGCAUUUGGAUACCUUCAGCCAUGGCUCGGGAGGAAGAGGAAGAGGGGCUGACAGGCGAUGCACCCAAGGAGGUGGACGUGUUUACAUCAGUGCGUUGCCUGGGUUACCUGUCCAGCGUCAACCUCCUUGUGGCGGUGUGCGUUGGCAUGUACGUACGCUGGGAGGUGACAAGUGAACCAAUGAUUCUGGUCAUCUUCAUCCUGGGCCUCUUCGUCCUGGGGAUAGCCAGCAUCCUCCAUUACUACUUCGCUAUGGAGAAAGCCAGUCUCAGCUUAUUCCAUUUGUGGUUUGGCUUUUUGCUCGGCCUUCUGUGCUUCCUCAACAGCCCCGCAUUGGAUUCAAACGUCAAGGAACUGGUCGCCAACUAUCUCCUCUUAGCCUGUGUAAUCAUGAAAACAGUAUGGGCUGUAACUGAGCGAAUAUGCAGCUCCGUCCGUUACAAACCCAGCUUGCUAACAUCAGCUGAGUUGCUGGAGCUCCUGGGAUUUGGCAUUGCCAGCACUUCCAUGCUUCUUCACAAUUCAGUGGCCAUAAUAGGCUUGGUAGUGGCCCUCGGGGCUCUCAUUGUGGACUUAAGGAUGAAAUCCCUCCUGGCUUUGCCCAACCUGGUCAGUUUUGCCUUGGUUACCUCUCUUGUGUUUUUCCAGGCCUUAGGCAUUACUGCCAACCCUUAUGCCUUAGGCUGCUACGUUGGCAGGCUGCUGUGUGAGCCCGUGCUGGAUGUGUACUUCAGUGGGCUUGGGUCCACUGAGCGCUGGAUACCUGUGCUCUCCAUGGGGAGGGUGUGGAGGAGGCUGUCCCUGCUGCCUCUGAGUCUGACUGAGCUGGCCUUCUUUGUCCUAGCUGCCUUAAAGCUUGGCCACUUGGAGCUGUGGUAUUUGGUGAUCCCAGGCUUCUGCCUGUUUGGCCUUUUCUGGUCCAUCUGCCACAUAAUCCUGCUGAUCACAAUAUGGGGCUUCCACACCAAGUUGAGCGAAUGUCAGAAGGCCUGGCGGGCCCAGCGAUCCAGUAGCCGGAGUCUCGACCAAGUCAUGGCCUCCAGGGGCAUCCGUCACUUCUGUCUCAUUUCCGAACGUCUGGUGUUCUUUAGUAUGCUGUCAACGGUCAUACUGGGAGCUGUAUCCUGGCAGGCCUCCAACGGUCUCUUUCUCAGCGCUCUGCUGGUGGUGCUGCCUUUGGAGUCUCUGGCCCACGGCUUGUUCCACGAGCUCGGCAGCUGUCUGGGGGGAACCUGUGUUGGCUAUGCCCUGGUCAUACCUACUGCUUACUGCAGUGCUGAUGGCCAGCCCACUCUACUACCACCUGAGCAGGUACAACAGCUGAACCUGCGCUCUACAGGUAUGCUGAACAAUGUGCAGCGCCUCUUCUCCCACCACAUGAUCCAGACGUUUGGCUGUGACUACUCCACCAGUGGUGUUACGCUCGAGGCCUUGCAGACAAAGCUGCGCAACUUUCUGGAGCUACAUACAGAAGACGGGCCACGUCAUGACACCUAUCUGAUUUUCUACAGUGGGCACACACACAAAGGCACUGGCGCUUGGGCCCUGGCCGGAGGCGAGAGCCUCCGCCUUGCCGAGCUGCUGGAGUUGUGGAAGGAGAAGAACGCCGGCCACUGCUCCCGUCUCAUCCUCAUCCUGGACACCGAAAACUCCCUCCCCUGGGUGAAGGAGGUGCGCAGGAUGGAGGGCGUCUAUAUAGCCGUGCAGGGGGCUGAGCUGUCCGCCACCAGGGUGGACCCAGAGGCCGGUGACAUCCCCCUCCUCGGGGACUUCACCUCAGAGUGGGUGGAGUUCAACUGCAACCCAGACAGCAACAACCAGUGGUCAGAAAAGGGAAGGACUGUGACGGCUGUGUACGGCGUGUCCAAACGCUGGAGCGACUACACGCUUCACCUACCCACUGGAAGUGAUGUGGCCAAGCAUUGGAAGACCCACUUUCCCAGGGCUACAUAUCCCAUGGUGCAUCUCUCAAACUGGUGCUGUGGCCUCAACCUGUUCUGGUUAUGUAGCGUGUGUCUGCGCUGCUUCAGGAGGUGUAAACUAGCUUGGUUCCCACCAGCUGUAUUGGACACUGGGCAGGGCAUUAAGCUGGUGCACUCUUAGAGAUAAGGGCAACAUGUACAUUUUGAUUCUGGUAGAUUUUGUUUUGAUAGCUGGGUACGAGGUGUCUAUAGUAAGAGGGAAAAUGCUGGUUAUACCCCAUCAGUUAAAUGUGGCCUUCUGUCAGAAAGGUAUUUUUGCAUCAUGUUUAAUUGAUGUGAUGCCAAGACAUUGUGCUGAUCAUUUUAUAGAAAAACACCAGCUCAGUGUUAUAUUAUGUAACACAAAAUGAGGGAGUGGAAAGCCAAAUAAUAUAACCCCUUGCUUUUUUUGAUGAUCUCAAAAACAAGAGACAUCACAAUUACAGUGGGUUAAAAAAAAAAAAGAAAGACAGUUUUUAUAUUUCGGUACUGUGUUAAGUUUUUGAACACUAUUUUUCUAUUACUGCAUCAUUAUUUCUUUUGAAAGGUCUCGUUAAUUUUUUUUUUUUUUUUCAAUACCAUAUUGUCUUAAAGUGCCUUACAAAUGGAUUUGGUGUCACCUUUAAAAUGGAAGUUUUUCAUAUGUAAAUGUAUGUAUAUCUAUACCCUUGCCUUGCCUCUUAUUUAUAUUCAGAGGAUUUAGCUCAUGCUCUUAACUUAAACUAUGUGAGCAGGGAGUGUCUUCCUAAAGCCUUUCAACAAGAUAGACAAAAUGUUGGGCUGAACUCAGUGACCCUCUGGUUACAGUCCAACCACGAGGCCAACCCGUCACUCUCACUGUGGGAUCUUUUCCUCAUCACUUUCAAACAGCGAGUUUCAGUUUAGAUAAGCAUUUAUUCCUGAACUGAAGAAAGGCUGCGAGACAGAAUAUCAUCACUAGACAAUGGCUCUGUAUUGUGCCUCAAGCUGUUUAUUUACACUAACUAAUUCAAGUUGAAGUCAUUUGCUCUGUACAAACAUGACAUUCAGGUUCUGUAGCUGUUCUCCACGUUGUGAAACACAUGGACGACAAAUCGAGAAGCUUCCAAUGCUUUUUAUGGGUGCACUGACCUGAAGAACUCAUAUUGACCAUCCUUUAUUUCCUACUUUAUUUGCCGUGUUGGAGCUCUCCCCCACACGUCCCUUAACUCUGGAGUGCAUUGCUGCCUUAACGUUUGUGUUUCCAAGAGGUCAAGUGGCAUUUUCCACAUGUAAUUCCCCAUGUGCCUCUCUUGAGUUAUGCCUGAAAAUGCAAAAAAAUUAAACCUGGAUAAUAAACUGA